ACAAAUAACCCUUACCCCAACUAGAUUAGCCAACAUCAGCAAUUUAAGUUGUGUAUUAUCAUGCAUCUAAUUGCUAGCUAAAACAACAAACGAAGCAUUAAUUUGAAAAUGGAGUUUUCAAAAUUAGAAGCCCCCUUUGCAAUAUUUAAGUCAAUUUUGGGUGGUUAUCUUGGAAUGGAUAGAUGGCCAAAAGGGAGAAACAAGAAAUUAUUGCAGGGAACUGCAAAAUCUUCAUCCAAUUUCAGUUCGGCAAAAACUGUUUAUCAAAUAGUUGUUGACACGGUUAAUAAACUUGGUGGCAUUAAAAAAGUUACCUAUGAGGCAAUACUAGAUGAGCUGAAGGGCUAUGAAGGAUUGAACCUGUUGGAUGUUUACAAGUAUAUAGAGAUGCUCCAAGAUUCCACAAACUUAGAAGGCAACAAGAUCAGCAUUCCAAAAAUGGAAGGCACAUCAGAAAAACAACCAUCAGAAACCAAACAUUCAGGUGUACUUUUCCAAGAAUCCAGCACUUCAAAUUCCGACAUAGUAAUGCCAAAAUUAUUUGAUUUGGCGUUAUUACCUCAAGCUGUAUUUUUAACAGUAAAACAUUUAGAGGUAUUAGAUUUGAGUAAAACUAAUAUCUCUGAGUUGCCUAGUUCAUUAGGUAACCUAAUCGAGUUAAGGUACUUAAAUCUAUCCAAUACCCAAAUCGAAUUAUUACCCGAAACAUUAAAUUGUCUUAUAAAGUUGGAAACAUUAAAGCUCAAUGAUUGCACACGCUUAUGGAAGCUUCCAGAAGGAACUAAUAAAUUAACAUCACUCAAACAUCUAGAACUUGAUGUUCUUAGACAAAUAACGUAUAUGCCUAAAGGAAUAGGAAAACUUACUAAACUCGAAACCUUAUCAGCAUUUCUAGUACAAAAUUGUACUAAUGGAGUAAGUAGCAUUAUAGAGUUGAGGGAUUUGAAUAACCUUAAAGGAAAUUUAUGUGUAUCAAGACUGGAGAAUGUUUUGCACCCUUUCCAUGUCGAGGAAGCGAGUUUAUCUCGUAAGAAGUAUAUAAAAGAAUUGGAAUUGAGAUGGAGUGACGACUACCACCAAUCAGGGGAUGAUGAUAAUAAUGAGGUAAUAAUUCUUGGAGAGCUUAGGCCGAAUUAUAAUUUGGAAAAAUUAAAAAUAUCAUGUUAUAAUGGUAAGAUAUUUCCUAGUUGGAUUGGGGAUUCUAGGUUUAAAAUGCUUACAAGUAUUACACUAUUUAAAUGUACAAAUUGUGAGAUACUUCCAUGUUUAGGACAAUUACCAUCUUUGAAGUAUUUAAGUCUAGUAGAAAUGGAUAGUUUAAUAGAGAUUAGGGCUAAAUUUAGGGGAUUUGGUAAUAGUGUUGCAUUUCCUAAAUUAGAAAGACUUUCUAUUACUGGGUUUUGUCAAUUGGUAUAUUGGGAAGAAGCUAAAAAAGGGGAUUAUCCAUGUCUUAAUAAGCUAAUUAUAGAAAGAUGUCAAAAAUUGGAAACAAUUCCAUGUACAAUUUUGCAGCUAAACACACUUAAGCAUUUAGAAGUAAUCAAAUGUAGUGCCAUGUCUACAUUAUUUUUGGAAGGUGAUUUGUUGAUUGCACUAAGGAGUUUGAUAAUUGAGGAAUGCCCUUUGGUUACUGAUUGGUUUCGGAAAUGUAAAGGUAAAGAUCGCCGCAGAAAUAUUGAAAAUUUAUGGAUUGAUCAGGAGCGUCUCUUCAAUAAUUAAUUAUUUAUAUUAUCUCGUAAAUUCUGAAAUACUUGUAUUUGAUAGUGAUAUGUUCAGUGGAGAAACGUCACUAUCGGUAGUAAGUAUAAUGAGACAUGCAUGUAAAAUAAUAAUUAUUACAAGUAUGUAUAUAUAGAGGACGUCUGGGUAGAUCACGUUUAUUUACGAGAGAAGUAAAUCGCACAACUUGCCCUAAUCUUAUAGGGAGAAUUUAUGGUGUUUUAUUUUAUUUUUUUCUUGUUUUUCUUAUUUUAUUAUUACGUCUUUUGUUUUUUUGGUGAUUUUGUAAAUCACGGUGAUUGUUUAUGAAUUUUCUUAUAUAUACACUAUAGCGCUUUUCUA